GCGCUGCACGCCUCCCGCCGCCACCUCCGCCAAUUACCGAAUCAGCAGGCUGACUACCCUGUCUCCUUGUCACGUCUCUGCAGAUCAGUCCCUUCCUCCUCCGGUUAGCCCGGUGUGAAAAUUGCUGGAUAACGGAAGUCGGUCCAGCCAUGGCAACUCCCUCUGCUGCCUUUGAGGCCCUUAUGAAUGGAGUGACAAGCUGGGAUGUCCCUGAAGAUGCCAUCCCAUGUGAACUGCUUCUAAUUGGAGAGGCCUCCUUCCCAGUGAUGGUGAAUGACAUGGGCCAGGUCCUCAUCGCUGCCUCCUCCUAUGGCCGAGGCCGCCUGGUGGUGGUGUCCCAUGAGGACUACUUGGUAGAAGCCCAGCUCACUCCCUUUCUCCUCAAUGCAGUGGGUUGGCUCUGUUCUUCCCCAGGGGCUCCCAUUGGUGUACACCCAUCCCUGGCACCCCUGGCCAAAAUCCUUGAGGGUUCUGGGGUGGAGGCGAAGAUUGAGCCAGAAGUGAAAGACUCCCUGGGGGUUUACUGCAUUGAUGCCUACAAUGAAACCAUGACAGAAAAGUUGGUCAAGUUUAUGAAACGUGGAGGGGGUUUGCUCAUUGGAGGCCAGGCCUGGGACUGGGCCAACCAGGGCGAUGAUGAAAGGGUGCUUUUCACGUUCCCUGGCAACCUCGUGACCAGUGUGGCUGGCGUGUACUUCACCGACAACAAAGGGGACACAAGUUUCUUCAAAGUCUCCAAGAAGAUGCCCAAGAUUCCAGUCUUAGUUAGCUGUGAAGAUGACCUCUCCGAGGACAGAGAGGAGCUCCUGCACGGGAUUUCAGAGCUGGACAUCAGCAACUCGGAUUGCUUCCCCUCCCAGCUGCUAGUGCACGGGGCUCUAGCCUUUCCCCUGGGGUUAGAUUCCUACCACGGCUGUGUCAUAGCGGCAGCCCGCUAUGGCCGGGGCCGGGUGGUCGUGACCGGCCACAAGGUGUUAUUCACCGUGGGCAAACUCGGCCCCUUUCUGCUCAAUGCCGUGCGUUGGCUGGACGGGGGCCGCCGAGGCAAGAUCGUGGUGCAGACGGAACUGAGGACACUGAGCGGCCUGCUCGCGGUGGGGGGCAUAGACACCAGCAUUGAGCCCCAUCUGACCAGUGAUGCGAGUGUCUAUUGCUUUGAACCCGUGAGUGAUGUGGGGGUCAAAGAGCUGCAGGAGUUUGUAGCCGAGGGCGGGGGACUGUUUGUUGGCGCCCAAGCCUGGUGGUGGGCCUUCAAGAACCCUGGAGUGUCCCCUUUGGCUCGGUUCCCAGGAAACCUCCUCCUCAACCCCUUUGGCAUCAGCAUCACAAGCCAAAGCCUCAAUCCAGGGCCCUUCCGUACGCCUAAAGCAGGGAUAAGGACCUAUCACUUCCGCUCCACUCUGGCUGAGUUCCAAGUUAUAAUGGGCAGGAAGAGAGGGAACGUGGAAAAGGGCUGGUUGGCCAAGCUGGGGCCGGACGGUGCAGCUUUCCUCCAGAUCCCCGCCGAAGAGAUCCCUGCCUAUAUGUCUGUGCAUCGGCUCCUGAGGAAGCUGCUGAGUCGCUAUCGGCUCCCAGUUGCAACCCGAGAGAACCCCGUUAUCAAUGACUGCUGCAGGGGUGCUAUGCUUUCCCUGGCCACUGGCCUGGCCCACUCUGGAAGUGACCUCUCUCUGUUAGUGCCAGAAAUCGAAGACAUGUACAGCAGCCCCUAUCUGCGCCCCUCGGAGUCUCCUAUCACCGUUGAGGUCAACUGCAACAAUCCAGGCACCAGAUAUUGCUGGAUGAGCACUGGGCUCUACAUUCCUGGAAGGCAGAUUAUAGAGGUCUCACUGCCUGAAGCUGCUGCCUCUGCUGAUCUGAAGAUACAGAUCGGCUGCCACACGGAUGACCUGACCAGAGCCAGCAAGCUGUUCCGAGGCCCACUCGUGAUUAACCGGUGCUGCUUGGACAAGCCCACCAAGUCGAUCACCUGCCUCUGGGGUGGCCUGCUCUAUAUCAUCGUGCCUCAGAGCAGCAAACUGGGCUCUGUGCCCGUCACUGUUAAGGGGGCCGUGCAUGCCCCAUACUACAAGCUGGGGGAGACCUCCCAGGAGGAGUGGAAGAGGCGCAUCCAGGAGAAUCCAGGUCCCUGGGGAGAGCUGGCUACGGACAACAUCAUCCUGACAGUGCCAACUGCCAAUCUCCGCACGCUGGAGAACCCUGAGCCACUGCUUCGCCUCUGGGACGAGGUGAUGCAGGCUGUGGCACGGCUGGGGGCCGAGCCCUUCCCUCUGCGUCUGCCUCAAAGGAUCGUCGCUGACGUGCAGAUCUCAGUCGGCUGGAUGCAUGCUGGGUACCCCAUCAUGUGCCAUCUGGAAUCUGUGCAGGAGCUCAUCAAUGAGAAGCUCAUCAGAACCAAGGGGCUGUGGGGCCCCGUCCACGAGCUCGGCCGCAACCAGCAGCGGCAGGAGUGGGAGUUCCCCCCACACACCACCGAGGCUACCUGCAAUCUGUGGUGUGUUUACGUGCACGAAACGGUCUUGGGCAUCCCUCGAGGCCGUGCAAAUAUUGCUCUGUGGCCUCCAGUUCGGGAGAAGAGAGUCCGAAUCUACCUGGGCAAGGGUCCCAAUGUGAAAAACUGGAAUGCGUGGACUGCACUGGAAACAUAUCUACAGCUACAGGAGGCCUUUGGUUGGGAGCCAUUCAUCCGUCUCUUCACUGAGUAUAGGAACCAGACCAACUUGCCCACAGAUAAUGUUGACAAAAUGAAUCUGUGGGUGAAGAUGUUCUCCCACCAAGUGCAGAAGAAUCUGGCUCCGUUCUUUGAGGCCUGGGCCUGGCCUAUCCAGAAGGAAGUGGCUACCAGCCUGGCCUAUCUGCCUGAAUGGAAGGAAAAUAUUAUGAAAUUAUACCUCCUCACACAGAUGUAAGGAGUGCCCAGCGAGGUGGCAGGCCCCACUGAAAUUGAAGUCAAGAAAUGCAAGAGAGAAUUGACACAUCUCAGCAGAGAAAACUAAACAGAUUUGAUUAUAACUGAAGAAGAUCUCAACACAUUUCUGGAAGAGAGAAAGUGGAUGACGCAUGAGAAUGAAUGAAAGAGUGAAGGUAUCUUUCAGACAGAAUAGAAGCUGAUCUGAAUAACAUAAUUCCAAAGGAACAUGAGCACCUGAAAAGUCUACAAAGAGUUAUACCAGUUGUAAAAUUGAAUUCCAUCCUACUCUGCCUCAACCCUUGUGCAUAGAAUACAGGCAGUCUCUAAUCGGUAUCCACUACAAAUCUAUCGUUCUUGUUGUUGUUUGUACAGAAAUUGAAUAAACUGCCUGACGAGAGAUAGGAGUCGGUGCCCCAGAAUAACAUUUCUCUUUCUGUGGAAAUAAGUGACGCCCUAGCCUAGCGGCUAAUCCUCUGAAUGUUGAAACCCCUCCUCAAGUAACCCUACUGCUUCUAGUCCUAGAAGAGGCUUACUGGAGAAACAGAUCCAACCAUACACUGGCAGAGGACACCCACACCAACUCCUGUAAAAGUUAACAGUUAUAUUGAUUUCUUAAAUGAAAGCAGUCAGCUAGGAAUCCCCAGUCUUUGGGCAUCGGCGGGGGGGGGGGGGGCGGGGAGGAGGAGGAGCAUUUCAGAAAAAUAACCGGUUAGAAUUAGGAUGCUUGAAAAAUACAACAAACUCUAGAGGAAACAAAGUGAACAUGGAAAGAAUAACUUUAAAAUCUGCAUCUUCAGAGAGAUUUGAGGUGUAUUUGUAAGAUGAGUACAGAAUGCUACACAGAAAGGAAAAACUGAGAAUAAAAGAGCCCUUGAAAGUGAAAUAAAACUGCCCAAAAUAUUCAGUGGACAGGCUGGAAAAUAUAGCUGAGGGAAACUCCUUAGAUAUAGAACAAAAAGAAAUAGCAGAAAAAAAUAAAGAAAGGAAAAGAU